AUGGCACCUGCCUCGGCACCUUCUAACUCUUUCUUCCUCCUCCUCCUCUUCUCCGUCGCUCUCUUGGCAUCCGUCGAUGCCUUUUCCUCCCGCUCCAUCUUCCCCGACGUCUACUUGCACUUGCGCUUCUACAACCACGAGAGGGUCCUCGGAUCAGGCCCCGACGCCACCGUCGUGUACGCCGUCGAGCGCCGCACCUCCACUUCGGGCGCCGGCUUCGGCAACGUCAUCGUCUAUGACAAUCUCCUGAGGGAGAGUGUCGACCCCGACUCACCGAUCAUAGGCCGGAACCAGGGCAUGGGAGUCGGCUCGAGCACCGCCGAGGAUUCUGGUCUUACCAACUUCCAGUUGGUGUUCACGGCCGGCGAGUACGACGGGAGCUCACUGGCCGUGCAGGGGCUGUUCCCGGUGGCUCCGCUUGGGACCCUAUUCGAACGAGCGAUCACCGGCGGCACCGGCCGGUUCCGAUCGGCGAGAGGGUAUCUCUUGACACGAGAAAUUCGUAGCACCAACACGACACUCACCGCGCAACUCGAUGCCUACGUCACAUUCCGUUGA